CUAAAAUAUCUUUCUUUUCAUCUAUUCCCUCUUCGUCCCUAAAUUGAGUUUUCGAUGGCUUCUUCUGAUGCUGAGUACCGGUGCUUCGUCGGUGGCCUUGCCUGGACCACCGAUAGCGAUGGCCUCAACAAAGCGUUCUCUACUUUCGGUGAAAUCACUGAUUCCAAGGUUAUUAUGGAUCGUGAGACUGGAAGGUCGAGAGGUUUUGGAUUUGUGACGUUUGCUGCGGAGCAAUCUAUGAGAGAUGCGAUUGAAGGGAUGAACGGUCAAGAUGUUGAUGGUCGUAAUAUUACUGUGAAUGAAGCUCAGUCACGUGGUAGAGGUGGAGGAGGCGGUGGUGGAUACGGUGGAGGAGGUGGUGGUGGUUAUGGUGGUGGAGGUGGAUACAACAGAAACGGUGGGGGUGGUGGAGGCUAUGGCGGUGGAGGAGGUGGUUAUGGUGGUGGCGGAAGUGGUGGAUAUGGUGGUGGAAGAGAUCGUGGUUAUGGAGGAGGUGGUGGUGAUAGAUAUGGUGGCGGAGGUGGUGGUGGUGAUAGAUAUGGCGGUGGAGGCGGUGGUGGGGGUAGAUAUGGUGGUGGAGGUGGUGGUGAUAGAGGAUAUGGUGGUGGCGGCGGUGGUGGCUACUCUCGUGGUGGCGACGGGGGCAGUGGUGGAAACUGGAGGGACUAGACUAAAGUUAUACCUGUUCGGGAUUUAUGAUUAUGAAAUUGUCAUAUUGCUUUAGAUGUUUGAUUUAGUAGUUUGGAUAUCGUACUUGUUUUGUUAUGGUUUAGUGUUCUUGUCUCGUUUUUUGCUGAAUCCGAAUUUAGUUUUGUACAAACGAUCCAUUGAAUCGAAAUGAUAAACUGCUUCUAAUUUCUUCUGUUUUA